AUGGCGCAGCAGUCACGCCAUGCUGCACAGCCCCAGCCGUUGCCCCUCCUGGCCGUGCCCACGCUGCCCCGAGCAUUUAUUCCCCGGUGCUUCCACGGAUCGGUCACAAGUUACGCGUCACCCGUCCGCACAGUGGGCAAUCCUGGAUUAGCAACCGGCCGUGGACAGUGCAGGAGAGCAUCCUCGGCGGCGGGCCGGGAGCAGGGCUCCCUCAUCAGCACCUCCUUCGUGCUCAAAGGGGACGCGUCUCACAACCAGGCGAUGGUGCACUGGACGGGCGAGAACAGCAGCGUGAUCCUGAUCCUUACCAAGUAUUAUCAUACUGACAUGGGGAAAGUGCUGGAGAGCUCUUUGUGGAGGUCCUCAGAUUUUGGGACGUUAUACACAAAGUUGAAUCUACAGCCUGGAAUUGCCACUGUUAUUGACAAUUUCUACAUUUGUCCUACCAACAAAAAAAAGAUAAUUCUUGUAAGUUCUUCCCAUAAUGACCGUGACCAAAGCCUUUUCAUAAGCAUGGAUGAAGGAGCCACCUUCCAGAAACAACCCAUUACUUUCUUUGUGGAAACUCUCCUUUUCCACCCGAAAGAAGAAGAUAAAGUACUUGCAUACACCAAGGAAGGCAAGGUUUAUGUAUCCAUUGACUUGGGGAAAAAAUGGAUCCUUCUGCAGGAACGAGUUUCAAAAGAUCAUAUUUUUUGGGCCGUUGCUGGAGUUGACAGAGACCCUGAUUUAGUUCAUAUGGAAAUCCAGGACCCCAGUGGAGGUUAUCGCUACAUCACUUGCCAGAUUCAAAAUUGCUCUGAAAAGACAAUGACAGUCCAGUUUGCUGGUGGCACUGAUCGGGAUUCCCUGACCGUGCAGGAUGACUACAUAUUUCUUCAGACAACAUCAGCAAAUCGGACCAAGUAUUAUGUGUCUUACCGUCGAAAUGGUUUUGUACAGAUGAAGUUGCCAAAAUAUGCAUUGCCAAAAGAUUUACAGAUAAUCAGUACAGAUGAAAACCAGGUAUUUGUGGCUGUUCAGGAGUGGUACCAGACAGACACGUACAACCUGUACCAGUCUGACCCGCAAGGUGUUUACUACUCUAUCCUGCUGGAGAACGUCCGGAGCACAAAGCAGCCAGAAGAGAACGUCCUGAUAGAUAUUCUGGAGGUCAGAGGUGUCAAAGGAGUCUUUUUGGCCAACCAGAAAAUUGAUGGGAAAGUUACAACUCUGAUAACCUACAACAAAGGCCGUGACUGGGAUUUUCUAAACCCUCCAGACAUCGAUAUGAAUGGCAAACCGACAAACUGCAAACCUCCUGAUUGCUACCUUCACCUCCAUCUCCGCUGGGCAGACAAUCCCUAUGUGUCAGGAACAGUCCACACGAAGGACACUGCACCAGGGCUCAUAAUGGGGGCAGGUAACCUGGGGUCCCAGCUGGUUGAGUAUAAAGAAGAGAUGUACAUAACAUCUGACUGUGGGAAGACGUGGCGUCAGGUCUUUGAAGAAGAGCACCACAUCUUGUACCUGGACCAUGGUGGAGUUAUUGUGGCCAUCAAAGACACCUCUAUCCCUCUGAAAAUACUCAAGUUCAGCAUAGAUGAAGGCCAGACUUGGAGUACGCAUAAUUUUACCAGCACUUCAGUCUUUGUAGAUGGAUUACUCAGUGAACCUGGAGAUGAGACACUGGUCAUGACAGUCUUUGGACAUAUUAGCUACCGUUCGGACUGGGAACUGGUGAAGGUGGACUUCAGACCAUCCUUCCCCAGGGAGUGCACUGAUGAUGACUAUGAGUCUUGGGAGCUCACAAAUCUACAGGGUGAUCGUUGCAUCAUGGGCCAGCAGAGGAGCUUUCGAAAGAGGAAGAUUUCAUCAUGGUGUAUUAAAGGGAGAAGUUUCACAUCAGCUCUUACAUCCAAAGUUUGUGAAUGUGUGAACUCUGAUUUCUUAUGUGAUUAUGGGUUUGAGCGUUCUGCACCUCUGAAGUCGGAGUCUAGCAAAUGCUUUGCUGACUUUUGGUUUAACCCUGAAGCACCUCCUGAAGACUGCGUGCUGGGGCAGGCAUACACCAGCAGCACUGGGUACAGGAAAGUUGUUUCUAAUGUGUGUGAAGGUGGCGUAGACCUGCAGCAGAACUUAGCACAGCAUAUGUGUCCAUCGAUUGCUCCCAAGGGGCUUCAGGUCAGCAUCAGAGAAGAAAGCCUGGCUGUUAAGCCUGGCGAAGACAUCACCUUUGUCGUCAGACAAGAGCAGGGUGAUACACUGAAUACCAAAUACCAGGUAGAUCUUGGAGAUGGCUUUAAGGCGAUAUACGUGAACCUUACGAUGACUGGAGAACCCAUCCGUCACCGCUAUGAGAAUCCUGGGAUUUACCGUGUCUCGGUGAAGGCUGAGAAUGUGGCUGGGCAUGAUGAGGCUGUGGUGUUCGUCCAAGUCAACUCUCCACUGCAGGCCUUAAAUUUAGAAGUGGUUCCAGUCAUUGGGAGAAACCAGGAGGUGAACCUGACAGCCAUCAUACUGCCUAAGAACCCUAAUUUGACAGUCUUCUACUGGUGGAUAGGAAACAAUCUUCAGCCACUCCUUACAUUGGAGAGUUUUCUGGUGACAAAGUUUGCUGAGACAGGUGACAUCAGAGUUACAGUGCAAGCUUCCUGUGGGAGCUCCAUGCUUCAGGACUCAAAAGUUGUCCACGUUUUUGAUCAUUUCCAUGUUCUUCCUCUGAAGUUUACUAAGCACCUGGACAUGUAUAACCCCGACAUACCGGAGUGGAGGGAGGACAUAGGGCGGGUAGUAACACGACUUCUUGCAAAGGAAACCAAUAUACCUGAAGAAACUCUCAUGACAGUCGUGAAACCCGGUCUGCCCACAACUGCUGACUUGCAUGUGCUACUACCAGCAAACCAACCAAAAAGGAAAAGAAGCGUGACUAGUGAUAAGAGAAUCGCAGCUAUCAAGCAAGCCUUGAAUGCACACAACAUCAGUUUCUUUCUGAGGGGAGGAUACUGGGUCCUAGUGACUUUAGCUGACUCCAGUUCAGACUCUCAGAGGAUUGGAGGAGGCAGUGGCUACUGGGCUAUUGUGGUUCUCUUUGUUAUCUGUCUAGUCGCAGUUGGGGCUUUCAUCCUCUACAAGUUCAAAAGGAAACUGCCAGGCAGAAAUGUCUAUGCCCAGAUGCACAACGAAAAAGAGCAGGAGAUGACAAGCCCUGUUAAUCAUAGUGAGGACACCCAGAACAUCAUCCAGGGUGAGGAAUUUAUUGAUGAUGAUCUGGACUCUCAAACACUAGGUAACGCAAGAGUGACUCCUUCUGGGAGAAGUGGCAACUUGAACAGCUACAGAGUUCCCUUAUUGCUGAUGCCGGUCAGUGUCCAGUCCCAGGCAAUCACUCAGGCGUGGUUUUGA